GGUUACGAUAUUCGGUGUAAAAUAUAUGCUCUCUUAAAGUAUCCUGAUUGUAGCCCAAUCUAUCCUUCAUGGAGUCUAGUUUUAUACGAUAGUUACGAAAUGAACAUACGAAUAGCCUACCUAAGGUACAUACUAUGUCUUCUUCAAGUAUCGAUCCGAGGACCUACGCCAUUCCGCCGCUUGUUUCACAGAGUUAGCCUUCCUCAAAGUAGAAACUAUAUUGUAUAGUCAGUCGGCCGAGCGUACGUAUAAAGUUAUCCCUCAGCAUAGCGAACCUAUCUCUGACUCAUGAACUUUGACUACCUGAACUUAGCUACCUGUAGUACAUUUUAAACUUGAUGCUAUACGACCGAGCGUAUUUUACACGUAAUAGCUUUGCCACUCAUCUCAGUAGGAACUCGAGUAUAUAUUCAAGCACAUAGCCCCGGAAAUGUCUCGACCUUUUUACCCCUUUACAUACGCUACCUAGCAAAAAACCCGAGAGCACAUCAACACCCAAGCCAAAAUAGCACUCAUACCUCCUAAGCGACAUCUAAACAUCAAAUAAGUCACCAUGAAGUGCUGGAAUUUCUUCUUACGUAUAGUCGUGAUUCUCGGCACUUCUCAUGCCCUUAGCAUACAGAUGCCUAUAGAGGACACAUCAAAGCCACAAAAUCAUACUCUAGACAUGUCCGCACUAUCCCUCGGGGGAAACGCCACCAACUAUCUAGAGACGUUCGGAUCCUACAACAAUACCGUUUCUGCGACAAAUCCCAACUGGACUAUUCCCGUAUCCCACUGGGGUUGCACCCGCGCGAAGCUGAGGAGGGACGACAUCAAGGAAACAAUCCAGCUCAUGAUCGACUGGAGCAGCCGAGGCGGUGGAGUUUGGGGCAGAGACUACCACAUCGAAUUGCAACCUCAAGCCGCUGCGUACUUGUGCAACUGCAAAAUCAGGGGGUUAGACUACGCUCCGGAAAACGAGAUGUGGGAAUUCUACGAGAGACUGCGGAUUAACUGCGGCGAAGGCUGGACGGGUUGGAUUUUUAGUAAGAGAUGGGAAAAGGGAUGGGCGGUUCACACAAGGACCUAUGUUGACGAUUUCCACCCUAAGAGGCAUCUAUGCCCUGUUUUUUGCUGCGUCUAGUCAGUUUAUGGAUAUGAAGCCUGCUACUUGACCAGAUGGUAGUAACGCAUGGCGAAAAAGGGGAGAUGAGGAGCGGAUUGCGCGUAGU